AACACAUACUAUUGUUUUCUCAGAAUCGUUAGCGUUUUCAGUUGCAAAACUUCGUCUGCUGCCACAACGCCGCUGUCAAGUGUCGACUUGAUCCGUCGGAAAACCGAAGAUGAUGGUGGAUCUGAGCUCCUUCUCGGAGGAGAAAUUCGACCCAAAGAAAUGGAUAAACACCGCGGUACAGCAGAGGCACCCGCAGGAACCCGUAGAGAAGCACCUCGUGGAUCUGGAAAUGAAGCUGCAGAUGAUGUCGGAGGAGAUCGCCGCUUCCCUCGAAGAGCAGAGCUCCGCCGCACUCCUCCGCGUCCCCCGCGCCUCUCGAGAUGUUCUCCGUCUUCGAGACGACGCGUUUUCUCUCCGCUCCUCUGUCGCCAGCAUCCUGCAAUUCCUCAAAAAGGCUGAGGGAUCUUCUGCAGAGUCGAUUGCAACCCUUGCCGAAGUCGAUACGGUCAAGCGAAGGAUGGAAGCUGCAUAUGAAACAUUGCAGGAUGCAGCCGGUUUGACACAGCUAAGCUCUACCGUGGAGGAUGUCUUUGCUAGUGGGGAUCUUCCACGGGCUGCAGAUACACUUGCAAAUAUGAGACACUGUCUGACUGCUGUUGGGGAGGUUGCUGAAUUCGCUAAUAUAAGGAAGCAACUCGAAGUUCUAGAAGAUAGACUCGAUUCAAUGGUACAGCCUCGAUUAACAGAUGCAUUGAACAACAAAAAGGUAAAUGUUGCUCAAGAAAUGCGGGAAAUUCUUAUUAGAAUUGGGAGAUACAAGUCUUUAGAGAGUUACUACACGAAAGUCCACAUCAAAUCCAUAAAGAAGCUAUGGGAUGAUUUUGAUUUGAAGCAACAAUAUAAUAAAAUUGCCAAUGAGAAGCAUGAAGCAGAAAAGAACUCGAGUAGCUUUGAGUCACAAUCAAAUCCUCCAGAGUUGUCAUUCCCACGGUGGUUACCAAGUUUCUAUGAUGAGCUCCUGCUUUAUCUUGAGCAAGAAUGGAAAUGGUGUAUACUUGCUUUUCCUGAAGAUUACAAAACUCUUGUUCCCAAAUUGUUAGUUGAGACAAUGUUGUCUAUCGGUUCAAGUUUUGUGUCCCGUUUAAAUCUUGCAACUGGUGAUGUUAUUCCGGAGACCAAAGCACUGGCCAAAGGUAUAUUGGACAUAUUAUCGGGGGAUUUGCCUAAGGGAGUCCAAAUUCAGGCCAAACAUUUAGAGGCUCUGAUGGAAAUUCACAGCGUAACAGGGAGUUUUGCUAGGAAUAUUCAGCAUUUGUUUUCAGAUUCAGAUCUUCAUGUUUUGUUGGACACACUCAAGGCAGUAUACCUUCCAUACGAGACAUUUAAACAAAGAUAUGGGCAAAUGGAGCGUGGCGUCCUAUCUGCGGGUAUUGCUGGUCUUGACCUUAGAGGUGUUAGUACUAGAAUUAUUGGUGUCCAGGGAGUUGAGCUCAGUGAAACAGUUCGAAGAAUGGAAGAGUCCAUCCCACAAGUCAUUCUACUGCUCGAAUCUGCUACAGAGAGAUGCAUUAGCUUUACUGGUGGUUCUGAGGCAGAUGAGCUGAUCCUUGCUCUCGACGAUGUUGCAUUACAAUACAUCUCCAAUCUUCAGGGAAUCCUGAAAUCUCUGAGAACUGUAUGCGGAGUGGAUGUGGCAGCAGACAGCGUUGGAUCAAAGAGGGAAACAGGAUCAGACAGGAAGGAAUCAGCUUCGCAUUCUCGGAGAGGUGAUUUCAUGUCAAAUGAGGAAGAAUGGUCGUUCGUGCAGGGUGCUUUACAGAUACUUACAGUGUCAGAGGGCUUGACAAGCCGAACAUCAGUUUUCGAAGCUUCCUUAAGGUCUACUCUUGCUCGCUUGAGCACAAAUUUAUCUUCGUCUCUUUACAGUUCGAGUCUCAAUCAGAAACAAUUUCAUGUGGAUGACAAUGAGAGCGGGAGGCUGCCUACCGCCGGAAAAGCUUCCCUGGAUGUCGCCGCUCUCCGCCUUUUUGAUGCCCCUGAAAAGGCUCGAAAACUUUUUAACCUCUUGGAGCAGUCAAAAGAUCCCCGAUUUCAUGCCCUUCCUCUCACUUCUCAAAGAGUUGCAGCUUUUGCGGAUUCAGUCAAUGAACUAGUUUAUGAUGUGCUCAUAUUGAAAGUGAGGCAGCACUUCAAUGAUUUGUCCCGUCUGCCCGUAUGGAAUUCUAUCGAAGAGCCAAGUGCCUUCCCCGUCCCAAGCUUUAGUGCUUACCCUCAAUCGUACGUGACCAAUGUCGGUGAAUAUCUUCUCACUUUACCCCAACAACUGGAGCCCCUUGCUGAGGGCAUUUCCAACAUCGAGGCCAAUGCGGAAGAGGCACAGUUCUUUGCAACCGAAUGGAUGUUCAAGGUUGCUGAGGGAGCAACUGCUCUUUAUAUCGAGCAGCUUCGCGGAAUCCAGAAGAUAACAGAUCGUGGUGCUCAGCAGUUAUCUGUCGACAUUGAAUACUUGAGCAAUGUGCUCUCGGCUUUAUCAAUGCCCACCCCGCAGGUUCUUUCCACAUUCCAAACAUGUUUUUCAUCGCCAUUGGAUCAGCUCAAGGAUCUUGUAAAAUCAGAUUCCGAAAAUCAGCUUGAUCUGCCAACAGCUAAUCUUGUCUGUAAGAUGAGAGGUCUGAGGCUCGAAUAGGAGCCAUUUUUUAUUCUCUGGUUAAGUCUUUAAGGAGUUCUAUUCAACUGUGAUUGCGCAACAUGCAGUUCAUACAAUAUCGAAACAGGCAAUCUCCCUCAUUCGGGUAAGCUCCAAACUCUGCACUAUCUGAUAAUUACUUAUAGUGUUUCGAUUAUAUGUUUCUUGAACGUGCAAUACAUUCUCGCGAUUCUGCCUA